GUGUAUCCAUAGUCAGCUGUCAUUGAAACGUGUAUUACGUUAACAAAAAUACUGAUUACACUGUGCAAUUUCUUUUAGCGGUUUGAAAGGCAUAAGAUUGGAAUGUCUGAAAAUUCGGGAACUGACGAAUACGCGCAUGUAGCCAAAGGACCUUUGAAGUUGAAAUGUGACCCAGCAACGAUAAAGAAAAAAAAGAAGAAGAAGGAAAAGGAGAAGAAGAUGAUAGAAAUGGCAAAGAUUAUUGAGGAAGAAAAACCAAAAGCAGUUGAACUUAAGAGAACCAAGGCAGAAAUGGCUUUCCAAAAGAUGCAGGAGAAAAUGCAAACGGAAAGGAUCAAACAAAAAGCAUCAAUGACGCACAAACAGCGUGUAGAAGAAUUCAACAGGCACUUAGACAGUCUAACAGAGCACUUUGAUAUACCGAAAGUCAGUUGGACUAAAUAAACACACUUACCACUGUGCUAUUGCACAAAAUCAAGACAAACUCUUUGUGUUGAAAAAUAUUUGUUAUUUCACCAACAUAUACUUACAUAUAAUUGCUAUGGUAGUUUAAACAAAUUUAAAAUAGCCAUAAUUGUAGUUGUACUCUCACACUGAGUAAAUUUAAAAAUUACGUUACUCUGUUGUUGAUAUAAGAAGGUCCACAGGUAAACAUAACGACGAGUAACUUUUUACAGUAAUAAUAAACUGUAUCUUAAAUAUCAUAAACAUGUAUAAAGUAUUUCAUCAAUGGGAAAAAUAAAAUAUUGUAGUACUUGUAAAGAUUUUGUUAUUAACAGAGUAGAAAAACUGUAUUCUAAGCCGAAGCUAAGCAAUAAUAUAUAAUACCUAUUCAUCUUUAUAUAAUGUAUAUAAUAUUGAAAACUCUCUACAUGCACAUAUCGCGAGAUAUUAGGCUACAGAGAGUUUCAGUGGCAGUUAUAGUUAUUACUUGCCACAGUACAUAAUGGACGGAUAAGCACUUAGCUGCUAAAAAUAAACUAGUGAUCAAUGUUACAAAAAUGGUAUAAACUAAAUACAUACGUCACUUAUUUUCUAAACAACAAUUAAUCCUGACAAUAUAAACUCCUUUUAUGACCUAGGUAAUGGUUUAGACUCAUCGAUAAAUCUUCAAAUAUAAAAUUUGUAAUAUCUUUAAUACAUUUGACAACUGUAUGAGAUACCAUAACAAUGAACAGGUAUAAUGGACGGAAUUGAUUAGCUACCAUAUUUCGGCACAUAUAUUAAUAAUUGUAAUAAAUAUGAUAGAUGAUUUG